AUUCACCUGAAAUUCGGCGAAGGCAGUUGGACUAUUGCGAUCCGAAACCAUCGAAAAGAUUACGCAAAUCUCCGGCCCCGCGACACUGAAAUAUUAAAAAAAAAAUCAAUAUAAAAAGGGUGGCUUUGCGUUUCGGAAUGUGUCUCUUGUCGUCUAAAUCUCUCUUCUCUUUACACACACUCCCAGUCUGCUCUGGUCGGCAACGAAGCUUCAGCCUCGGCACCUUCCAACAGUAACAACUGCCUCCUUUUUCACCCUUCUUCUGCGUUCACUGUUGUUGUUGUUGUUGUUUUGUGUGUCUGAGAAAACCCAGUUCAGUUUUCUUAAGAGAGAGACAGGAGAGAGAGAGCCACACCAACCCCCUUGGUUUUGUCUCUCAUAUCUCAGCUUGUUCUGAAAAAACAGCCGCAUUUUGUUGUGGAAAGCAAUAGGACAUAAAAGGAUUUAUUUUUAUGCUUUGGAGGGACACAGACUCAUCGGUUGUUUGACACAAUGAUUACAGUUAUGGAUUCUGUGAGAGAACCUUUGAGGAGCAACUCAGAGAAAUGGUUGGACUCUCAAUUCUGGCAUGCCUGUGCCGGCGGCAUGGUUCAAUUGCCGCCCAUUAACACGAAAGUCUUCUACUUUCCUCAGGGCCAUGCUGAGUACGCCCACGGGAGAGUAGAUUUUGGGAAUUCCAGAAUUCCACCGCUCAUUCUCUCCAAGAUAUCUGCCAUUAGAUACAUGGCAGAUCCCGAAACAGAUGAGGUUUUUGCGAAAAUGAGGCUGAUUCCGGUGAGAGACGGUGGUUUUGAUCUUGAGGAUGAUGGGUUUGUGGGAAACAAUGGUACAGUUGAGAAUCCUGAGAAACCCACCUCUUUUGCAAAGACAUUGACCCAAUCGGAUGCUAACAAUGGGGGAGGCUUCUCUGUGCCUCGUUACUGUGCGGAGACUAUCUUCCCGCGCUUGGAUUACUCGGCUGAGCCACCAGUUCAGAACAUUCUUGCAAAGGAUGUGCACGGAGAGAUUUGGGAUUUUAGGCAUAUUUAUAGAGGCACUCCUCGGCGUCACCUUUUGACAACGGGCUGGAGUAAUUUUGUGAACCACAAGAAGCUUGUUGCUGGGGAUUCAAUUGUGUUUUUCAGAGCGGAAAAUGGGGAUCUUUGUGUUGGGGUUAGAAGGGCUAAGAGGGGAAUUGGCAGUGGACCUGAAUACGCAUCUGGAAAUUCUGGCUCUCAAUAUGGGGUUUAUUCUGGCUUGUCAAGGAAGAAUGGCAAUAAAGUGAUGGAAAAGACUUGUAGUGGUGAUGCGAACGGAAAAAUCAGGGCUGAAUAUGUUAUAGAAGCUGCAACUCUUGCUGCCAGUGGCCAGCCCUUUGAGGUUGCGUACUAUCCCCGUGCAAGCACACCGGAAUUUUGUGUUAAGGCCUCAGCUGUGAGAGCUGCAAUGCAAGUACGGUGGUGCUCAGGAAUGAGGUUCAAAAUGCCCUUUGAAACUGAGGAUUCUUCUCGGAUAAGCUGGUUCAUGGGAACCAUAUCUUCUGUUCAGGUUGCAGAUCCCAUCUGUUGGCCCGAGUCUCCAUGGCGUCUUCUACAGGUUUCAUGGGAUGAACCAGAUCUGCUCCAAAAUGUGAAACGUGUUAGCCCGUGGUUGGUUGAAUUGGUAUCGAGCAUACCAGCCAUCCAUCUCUCCCCAUUCUCGUCUCCAAGAAAGAAGUUGCGGCUUCAACAUAUCCCAGACUAUUCCCUUGUUGGACAACUUCCCAUGCCAUCAGUUUGUAGCAACUCCCUAAAUUCGAGCAACCUCUUAUGUAAUGUAUCGGACAACCUAUCUGCCAUCAUACAGGGAGCCAGGCAUGCUCAGUUUGGACUAUCUUCAUCGGAGCUCUUCUUCAACAAACUGCAAUCGAGUUUGUUUCCAAUUGGUUUUCAACAACAUGGUCACUUUGCGCCUCUUGAAACCAUUGGGGGCAGCUUCAUGCGCAAGGCUGAAAGCAAUGAUAAUAUCUCGUGUUGUCUGAAAAAGGGAAUUCCCACCCCAAAUUUGAAGGAUAAUGAUGAGAUAAAGACACCUCACAUAGUAUUAUUUGGUCAGGUAAUUUUUACAGGAGAACAGAUAUCUAAGAGCUCAUCUGGUGAUGAUAGUUCAUCAGAUGGACAUUCAAAGAAAACAACAAAUUGUUCUGAUGGCUCUGGUUCUACAUCAAUUGGUCAUGGUUCAGUGGAAAACUGUUCUGAUGGAGGGUCUCCUCGGAAGACAGAAUACCAUAAAAGUGAUCUUAGUUUGGAGACUGGUUAUUGCAAAGUGUUUAUUGAUUCAGGGGAGGUGGGGACCCUUGAUCUCUCUGUCCUUAGAUCAUACCAAGAAUUGUAUGGAAAGCUGGCCAGUAUGUUUGGCAAAGAAAGUUCAAAGAAGUUAAGAAAUGUGCUCUACCGAGAUGCAUCAGGUGUUGUCAAACGCACGGGAGACGAGCCAUUCUGUGAGUUUUUGAAGACAGCUAAAAGACUUUAUAUGGCUUGACAUCUAAGACGGUGAUGCUUCAUGUUUGCCUUUGCACCAGUGCACCAAUGGAUCUUGAAAAAGGCAUAGAAGUAAUAAACUAAAAACUUCAAUGGUAGAAUCCAUGCUCAAAGAUUCAACUUGUAAAGUUGCUUCUUUUUUCUUUUUUAAAAAUAAUUUUUUAUUUAUUUUAAUCCUUGUUUAGAGUUUCAUUUUCUAUUGUUUCAAAUUUUGGUUAACUCCCACCGUACUAAAUUAUGUAUUGCUUGAGAGCUUAAUUUUCUAGCUUUUUGCAAUAUCUUUACCUAAAUAAAGUCACAAUUGUGGUGAAAAAAUUGCAUGUAUUAUGUCAUAUUAUCUGAAGUCUUUUGAUACUUUA